AUGGGAGUGAAGCAUGAUGCGCCGGCUAGCCUCUACGCGAACAACGACACCAACGAUAUCAGCCAGAACAACCCGACAGCCGAACGCGAUGGAGAACUGAUACCCGACGUAGAUGAAUACGGUUACAGAAUCAGAGAACAACCAUAUGGAACGAAACGAAAAGUGAAGGUGAUAUUGAUGGGUGCCGGUGCUUCGACUCUAAAUUUCUUGAAAAAGGCGGAAGAACAGCUGCAGAACGUGGACAUCACCGUCUACGAGAAGAAUCACGAUGUCGGUGGAACGUGGUUGGAGAAUCGCUAUCCUGGAUGCGCUUGCGACAUUCCCUCCGUCAACUACCAAUUCUCCUGGGCAAUAAAACUAUGGUCGCAUUUCUACUCCUACUCUCCCGAGAUCUGGGAGUACAUUCAAGAUCUCUACCAGAAGUACGGCCUGUACAAGUUCAUCAAGCUAAAGCAUCAGAUCAAUCAUGUGGAAUGGGAUGAUGUUGAAGGCAAGUGGAGGCUCAAGGUCAAGAAUCUGGAGACUGGCGAUGAGUUCGAGGACGAAGCUGAAUACUUCAUCAAUGCUGGAGGUGUGCUGAACAAUUUUAAAUGGCCAGAUAUACCUGGCAUCAAAGACUUCAAAGGCAAGCUAAUGCAUUCUGCGGCAUACGAAGAGGGAUAUGAUCUGAAAGACAAGAAAGUCGCCGUUGUAGGAGCUGGCUCGAGUGGAGUACAGAUUGUUGCAAAGAUACAGCCUAUUGUGAAGCAGCUAUACCACUGGAUCAGAAGCCCCAUCUGGAUCACGGCUGGCUUUGCUCAGACGUGGGCAGGCGAAGACGGAGCGAAUUUCGAAUAUACUGAAGAGCAACGCAAGUUCUUGGAAGAGAACCCAAAGAAGUACAUGGAAUACAGAAAACAGAUCGAGAACGAAUUGAACCAGAGAUUCAAAUUCAUAAUCAAAGGUUCAGAAGAAGCCAAAGCCGCCCGCGAAUUCUCCUACGAUCAAAUGGCUCGCAAGAUGAAUCAUGACAAGCGUCUCUGCGACAAGAUUAUACCCAAAACCUUCAACCCUGGCUGCAGAAGACCAACACCUGCCCCAGGCUACCUCGAAGCACUUGUAGCCCCGAACGCCACGAUCUUUACCGAAGCAAUUGGCCACUUCACAGAAAACGGCUUUAUCGACCAGGAAGGCAAACACCACGAAUGCGACGUCGUCAUCUGCGCAACAGGUUUCGACACUUCAUGGCUCCCCCGCUUCCCUUUCCGCGCACACGGCCAAGACAUCCGUGAUCUGUGGAACGCAAGCGACGGUGUAACUUCAUACCUCAGCGUCGCAAUCCCUCACUUCCCCAACCACUUCUCCUUCUGCGGUCCCUACGGCCCUCUCGGACACGGCAGCUUCAUGCCAUUGAUCGAACGCUGGACGCAAUACAUGUUCGACGUCAUCGAGAAGGGCCAAGUGGAAAACAUCAAAUCUUUCACUCCGAAAAUGGCACCUUGCAAAGAUUUCCGUCAGCAUGCGGAUCUCUUCUUGCAGAGGACGGCUUGGACGAGUGCUUGUCGGAGUUGGUUCAAGCAGGGGAAGCACGAUGGCCAAGCCGCUAUAUAUCCCGGUAGUAGAUUGAGUUUCUUGCAUUUGAUGGAGAGGCCGAGGUACGAGGAUUUCGAGAUUGAGCAUUGGGAUGAGAAUAUUUUUGCGUUUUUAGGAAAUGGUGAGUUCAUGUUGGGAAGAUUGCGUGAUGGGUUCCUUGGGACUGACUCUCUUGAUUUCCGAAUGUAGGCUUUGACACGCGCGAGUUCGAUGGUAGAGAUAUUACGCAUUAUCUUGGAAAUAUUGAUGAGCGAGGGAGAGAUGUGCAAGCCGAGUAUGGGGAGGAGCUGUUGAAUAGGCUUGCUGGGUGGGCGAUUGGGAAGUAGGUAG